UUACGUGGUCAUCUCGUUCUCGUUAACUGACGUAGUCUGCAAGUAAGUGAGCAUCGUGGUGACUGUCUUGAAUAGAAAUACCAGUCGUUUAGUCAGAGCAGAACGUGGUAUAACAGUCACUUAUAGCAACUUACUCACAACAGUCACAACGAAAUAUUUCACACACAAAAAUGUAACCACAUCUUGUCCCAUUACUACUAACUACGAUAUCGAACUAUUGUCGAUGAGUCGUCAUCGUCAGUUACCAGCCACCCACUGACCAGAACAAGCGGCGUGAAAAAAACUGAGACUUUACGAGACGCUUAGAAGAAACAGUAUAUUACUAUAACAUCACAUUAGUAGAACAUGAACCGGAGUAGCUGAAGAAACGGGAUCACGUAACCCAACCAGUAUCGCUACUACCACUCUAAGCCGUCAUAGCAUGCUCAAGAUGCCGUCGCAGUAACGUGCGAGGCAGGUGAAAGGAUCCAGUGAGUAUGUGCCACUGAGACGUCGUUCGUUUCCGAGUCCUCCCUUCCCAGUCUCGCCUAAGCUUCUACUGUUGUUGUUGUUCCUAUUAUUGUGAUUGGCGCCGCUGCAACUAAGGACAUCACAGCACUAAUCUUUGCUUUUGUUGUUGUUAUUGUUGUUGGUUAAAACGACAAAAGAAACGUUUUUUUUUGAUAACGUGACCGAGGCUGCUUUACAAAGCAUUAUUUAGCUGGCCGGAAUGUCCAAGCGGAUCGAUCAUCGCUGGUGUAACCCGCUGCUUUUGACGCAGAAGCAGCAAAACGUUUAUUAAAGUAAGCACAUGGAAGAGUUGAGGAGGCGCGUUGACAAUAGAAGACUAAUCAUGAGCAGAAAAUUCUGCAUGUAAACGAAUCUAACCUUUCACGUAGUAGAGUUUUAUUGCCAAGGAGUUGGUGGCUGUAAGGGGGUGCUGGCUUCGGUGCCGUCAACUGUUCAUCUAUCUUCAAGGAGCAGGACGGCGAAAGAGAGGACGUUUAUGAGUAACUAAAAACCAGUUGAUUCUCACCAGCCGAUAGCGGUUCGAAGUGCGUUGUUUAGCGUUCGUCCUUCACUCUUUUAGGAAGGCAGAGGAGAUAGCGGUACUAAACGAAAAAAGCCGAUAUAUAAUCGAUCCGCGUGUGUACCUUGUAGGUGUUCACAACGUAAAGCAAGAAAGUGUGAAUCACAGAAGGAGGUUGACGCCCACUGGAGUGUGGUCACGUACGUCUUGAUUUGUAUACGAUACGAAAAGCAAAGCAGAACAAGGUCACCAUGGGAUAUUACUAGCGGCUAAGGUAGCAUGAGCAGAAGUAAUUGUAGUGCUUUCAAAGGAAUAACGGAUAAAGCCGUACGACACUAACUAUAACAUCUUACUGCAUGAAGGAAAUUGUUUUUUUAUUAAGAACAGUACAGCCUGUAGUCUACGUGGGGUAUGACAUUUGUUAUCUCACCACCGCUGCCAACUACUUGAAUGGAAGCAGCUGAGGCGUUUAGCUAUCAGCUGACGUUUCUUCUGUGAACAGUUCUGCCUGAAGAGGGCCGAACAACACCGCCCGUUCUGGCGAAGGCGCAGCAAACGAUUCUCGCCCACAACAAGCCGUUUACUCCCACGGCCGGUAGACAAAGAAAGUACAUGACGACGGAUAACAGCGGACGAUUCUCAACCUACAAUGUUUACAAAACGCUAGUGGAGUGCCCAUGACAAUUAAGCAUCACUAUUAGCGUAAUAUAGUAUUGGAUUCAUCAUUGACGAAUUUAGAAGGAUUUUAAACUAGCUAUUAUUGGCUGUUUGUUGCUGAUUUGAUUGGAUGAGGCAGCUGCUGCAUCUUCUAUGCGAGUCAGGCAAUUGGUGUCCCAAAAGUGUGGAAGAGGGACUAUCCUUUUGGUUUCGGCUGUUUCGAUACCGCAGUUUUUCCAAUGCUGGAUACCUACGGACGAACUUUUCGAGAGGUUUAUGUAUUGUGACGUUGUCUCCCACAGCAGGGCCCAAGUGUCGUGUAAUCGUUGAGACGUCCCCUUUGCACGUGCGUUGAUCUCGUCUUGGAUAGCCAGGAGAAAUUGAACGGUGUCCUUACUGGCUCUCGUUUGCUAAACCCGCUACAUUUUCCACAGCGUUAGAAUGCCUCUGGGAAAGGGAUUCCGUGUGCUCCAUAAGCACAAUGAAAACAAUUCAUAUUCAGUGCUCAUUGAACAACGAAAUGUCAAAACAACACUUCUGCUUGACAGCGGUGCCAUUGUCGCGUUGGGCUCGGAGGAGACGGCGUACCUAAAGAAGGAUUACAGCGCCCUAAUGGAUGCCUAUGGCUGUCUCGGCGUCCUCGACACAAACCAGGGCGAUGUCGAAGUGAAGUAUCUCGUCAUGAUAACAGGCUGCCACUCCGUUGGGAAGAUCAACCAUUCGGAGAUUUUUCGGUUGACGGAUGUGGUAUUUAUUUCUCUCCGAGACUUCCGAGAAGACGUAGAACGAAUGGCGGAAGUGAAAAAGGUGUUAAUAUCUGGAACGUUCUUUUUCGCCUGGAGCAGCCAGUCUGGCCACUCCCCACUUGAUCUCACUCUUUGCGCGCAGCGAGCGCAAAGAACAAACGUAACCGAUAACAGAUUCUUUUGGAACCGUAUGUUGCAUAUUCCGUUUAUGAACUUUGGUAUCGAUACGUCGGCAUGGCUGUUCAAAAUCAUGAAUGGCGGCAUCGAGAUUCGUACCGUGUACGUUGGACAUUUGCAAGCUCGUGCGUGCAUUAUUUCGCGACUGUCGUGUGAACGUGCGGGGACCCGUUUUAAUGUGCGGGGCGCCAACGACGACGGUCACGUUGCCAAUUUCGUGGAAACAGAGCAAAUGAUCUUUCUCAAUUCGAAAAUAUCGUCCUACGUUCAAAUACGGGGCAGCGUUCCGUUGUUUUGGGAACAGCCCGGUGUACAGGUUGGCUCUCACAAGGUGAAAUUGUCUCGAGGGUCAGAGAUGUCGGCGCCCGCGUAUCGACGACAUCUUGAAACCAUAGUGGAACGAUAUGGUCAUCAAACGUUCCUAAAUCUGCUUGGCUCCAAGGAGGGCGAGACAAUGCUUUCAAACGAAUUCAACAAGCAUCACCGAGCCAUCGGCAAAAAAGACAUUCCAUUGCUUAACUUCGACUAUCACGCACAGUGUAAAGGUGGCAAGCAGGACAACCUCAUCCACCUGAAGUACAAUAUUGAAAAACAACUUAACGACUAUUCGUUCUUCUAUCACGACGGCCAAGAGACUACCAAAGAACAAACCGGAUGCUUCCGGACAAACUGCCUUGACUGCCUCGAUCGAACGAAUUGCGUUCAGACCUUCAUUGGGCUCACCGUCCUGCAGCAACAACUUGCGGCAAUGGGCUUCGACGACAAUAUGGCAUUUAGAUUCUACGAUGCCUUCAAGUCAAUGUGGACGCUUAAUGGCGAUAUGGUGAGCCGAAUCUAUGCCGGUACGGGGGCAUUGCAAGGCACAAAUAAGUUGAAAGAUGGCACGCGCUCUGUUGUUCGAACAGUACAGAACAACUUACUCGACUCAAGUAAACAAGAAGCAAUCGACAUCCUUCUGGUGGGAAGUUCCUUAAACUGCGAACUCGGUGAUCGAGCCCGUUCACUAUUGCCACCCGAGCUUUUGCACACGCCGCCUUCAAUGCUGCGGCAGGUUUGCUUCGAUCGCUAUCUCGACUUCACCAUUCCCGUAAAGAUCUCAUUAAGCGUGGCUACGUGGAACGUGAACGGCGGGAAACACUUUAAUUCGAUCGUUUUUCGGGAUCAGCCGAUGUCCGAUUGGCUUCUGGACAAUAACCCGAACGGGCAAAGUGAAGCUGAUGGUGGUAGAGCACCGCCGGAUAUAUUUGCCAUCGGUUUUGAAGAAAUUGUGGAUUUGAACGCAUCGAAUAUUGUCAACGCAUCAACGGGCAACCAGAUGGAAUGGAUGCAUGAACUUCAGAAAUCAGUCUCGAGGGAUACAAAAUACGUCUGUCUUAGUUCUGCCCAACUAGUUGGCGUAUGUCUGUUCGUAUUUGCCCGCCCGGAACACGCAGCAUUCAUCCGUGACGUGGCCGUCGAUCAGGUCAAAACUGGCCUUGGUGGGGCGGCAGGAAAUAAAGGCGCUGUUGCUAUUCGAAUGCUUUUCCACGCCACGUCACUUUGUUUCAUCUGUGCGCACUUUGCAGCCGGACAAUCGAAGGUGCUAGAUCGCAACGCGGACUACACGGAAAUCACUCGGAAGCUUUGCUUCCCUAUGGGCAGGACUGUGUCCUCGCACGAUUACGUGUUCUGGUGUGGAGAUUUCAACUAUCGGAUCGAUAUGGAAAUUGACCGGGUCAAAGAACUGGUUCUCCAGAGAAAUUAUGAAGAGCUCCUACAAAACGAUCAACUGAUGAAGGCUCGUGAGCAGGGCCAGGCGUUUGCGGACUUCAUUGAAGGCGAAAUCCGGUUCCCCCCAACAUAUAAAUAUGAUCUAUUUUCAAAUGAUUAUGACACCAGUGAAAAGAGCAGAGUCCCGGCGUACACCGAUCGGGUUCUGUUUCGGAGAAAAAAAUACCCCAAUGAUGAAGCAUACCCGUUCUGGAGUCCGGGACAUAUUCGCCAUUAUGGAAGAGCGGAAUUGCGAACUUCGGAUCAUCGACCUGUUAUUGCAGAGAUUGACAUCGAGGUUCUUCGGGUGGAUUCAGCACUGCGUGACAAAACGGUUCGUGAAGUGUCGAAGUUAGCAGGACCGCCCGAUGCAACGAUUUUGGUACGAAAGAUACGAUCCGAACUAGCGAAGCAGGAAACUGGUGGCAGCGGCGGCGGCGGCGGCGGCAGCGACGAUGACGACGAAGAUAGUCAGCGAAUCCACAAAGCAGUCGACACGUUCAGUGAAACAUUUAUCGAAAAGAUGUGCGAUCUAUUUUCCGAAGUUGGCGAGGUUAUCCUCAUAAGGUUUGUUGGAGAAACCCUUAGGAUAACAUUCGCUGAUGGACCGAGCGCUCUUGAAGCAGUGAAAUUAAGCGGACGCGAGAUCGAUGGUGAACCAAUAGAAAUCACCUUAAAGACGGUUGAGUGGCACAAAAUUAUUGAGGCCACUCAGGCUCUCUGUAAAAGCAAUACUAUCCCACUAAACAAGGUGCCGAUCUCGACGCAUUUUGAUGAACCUCCAGCUUCCAACGCCCUCAUAGGCAUCGAAGAGGGUGAGAAAUAUAAAAUACCUGUCCCACCUCGUCCUACGAGGCCACCCGGACCUGGGCAAGCGCCUGAGGGCGCGAUUGUGGCAGGAUCCGCCGCAAAAUCCGAGGCUUCAACAGAUGGAAAACCGGAGGGUACCCUUCCGCCCGUACGACCGCCGCGACCUAAUCGCUCUGUUACAGGGCCUCCUGAGAGACCUGAACGCCCAGCGGCGCCACCAGAGCGCCCUGUGGCUCCCCUUGAACGGUCUACACAACCACCCACGCGGCCUGCACCACCAAAUAGACCUGCACCGCCGUCUAGACCAGAAAGAUCAAGUCGUCCGGAAAGGCCUGAUAGGCCGGACCGACCGGAUAGGUCACCAUCAACUAGCGCUCCUCCGAAAAUACCCGAAAGACCAUUGAGAGAAACACCUCCGUCGAAAAUACAACCGUCAGACCUUCCAACGCCGACGCCUCCCACGCCCUGUGGUAAAUGUUCUCUCGAAAUUGAUCAUGAACAAAUAAAGGCCACAGUAAUUGACUCGUCAGGUCAUGGUGGUUCCGGAGGAGAGGCUACAUUCGGCUCAAUAUUUUCGGGCAUUCCUUACGGAGAGGAAAAUUCACCAUCAACGCCAAACGACGAACAAAUCGCAUUAGAUCGAUCUCUACCGCCAUCAAUGCCUCCACAAGCGCCUGCACCGCAGUGUCCUAUAAUGACGGCUAACGGUGCACCACCACCAGUUCCUGGGCGUGUAACGUGUCCACCUUUCAGAACUGCGCCUACACCACCCCCUAUCCCGGCUCGCCCAAGGCCUUAGAAACCUCGUCCGCGUAUACGUGGG